AUAGAAGUGGGUUGGAGCAAUUUCACCUCUAAAUGCUAUUAUAGAGAUGAAAAUAGCAAUAGGUUGGAGAUGCUAACCAAACUCAUCCAGAUUCGGGGAGAUCCGAUUCGAAAUUCAUCCAUAAAGUUAUAAUAUUCUAACGGAGUCUUACUUAAAAUCCAAAAAACUUGAUACCCAAAAAAUGAUAUAUAUCUGAACAAGUAUCCAAAUAUCUAUGCAUAUCUGAUUCUGUAAACAAAUAAAAAAUAUUUAUUAACUGAUUUGAAUUUUUAUCAGGAGAGAAUUCAUUUAAACAUGUUGAAUUAUUAUGAUUAAAAUAUAAAUAAAUACUAAUUAUAUAGUAUAUAAGAUUAGUGAAUUAGUUAGAAAGAAUGAAAAAAAAAUGAAUGUAAAAAUGUAACAAAACACAUUAAAAUAAGAAAUUUUUGUUUUUUACUUUCGUAAUAAAUGCUGUCGAAUUAUUUAGUAAAACAAUAAAUGAAAUGGUUAUAAUCCGUAACUUGAUAAUCCUACCUCUACUCAUUUGAUAAAGGGGGUUGUUCCCUAUUUGAUGACAUCACAUUCUACGUACAAUGAACACUUUGAUGUCUUCAUAUCAAUAUAUGUGUGGGGGUUCUUCGCAUAUGUGUUCACUUUUGUCUUGAUAUUCUGUGCAUCUCAAUACUAAUCACUGGUGAAGAUGCAACAAUAAAAACCUUUAUUUUUCCUUAUCUUUUCUUGUUUUUUACUUGUAUCUUUUUAUUGUUUUUCUCUGUAUAAAUCAAAAGAAAUCACAAUGAGACAACAUGAAGAUUGAACACUGCAGCUGAUUGUCUACAUAUAUAAAAACUAUAUUAAAAAUAAUAAAAGGAGGUCAAACAGAACCUAUUGAUUGGGUUAUAUAAUUAAUCUAAGAUAGUAUCCUCCAUUAUGAAAGAUAAGAUGUUUUAAGAAAUUUUGAUUCUCUUUUAUAUAAGAUGUUAUCGUAUUUUUCAGUAACACUUUAACUUUAUUAAAAAUUAUAUUAUCAAAACUUUUACUCAUGUUAAAACAAGCAGAAAACUUUCUACCCUUUUUCAGUUUUUUUUCAGCUGAAAUCAUAUGGAAAUUAUUUUCAUUCAACUUGAUUGGUAUAGUAAUUAAGUGGAAUACAGAGUAAAAAAGAUUUACUCCAAAUAUUUACUAUAAAAGUGUCAUUCAAUCAUACCAUCGUAAUUUGGAAAUACAAUAAAACAUUAUUAAACCUUGUUUAUAUCUCAAAAGGUGCAAUAUUUAAAUUCCUGCAUCAUGGCCCAAGUGCUAGUGCUAUUAUGGAAAAAAAUAAUUUAUUAUUAAGGACCCCAAAGCUUACAUGACACGCACCACAAAACAUCCGCUGCACCUCCACCUAAUCUCUGACGAAAAGCUAAUACACGGAACGAUCUACGGUUGCAAAUCGAUAAGAGACAAAGUGCACCGUAGUCGAUGCUGCAUUUGAUUCUUCCCAAAAAAAAAAGCUCGAGAGCGCGCAAAUUUUAAAAUAUAUUUAUAAUUUCCAUUGCUCGAGAGGAAGAAAGGACGAAGACUGUUGGGGAAGAGGAAAGGCCUAGGCACAAUCGAAACGAGGCGAACGAAGAAGAGUCGGAAGAUGGAGGGGACAUUAGAGCGACACUCUCUGCUUCAAUUCGGUCAAUUGUCGAAGCUUUCGUUCGAUAAUCGCCCGCCGUCGAAUGCUGCGGAGUCGUCGGAGCUCCGGAAUGAGUUGGGUGCAGACGGAGAUUGGGGAGAGAAGGAAUUCAUUCUCAGCCAAGACUUCUUCUGCACACCUGACUAUAUAACUCCGGACAAUCAGAACUUGAUGAGCGAUUUAAACAUCAGCAUGGAUCAUUCUCCUUGUCCGAGGUCUCCUGUUAAACUAACUUCAGCUAAAAGCAAAAAAUGCCGCCAGGACAGUUUCACAUUUAAUACUUCAGAUUCUACCUGGGCUUCAAAAUAUAGAGUAGAUGAACAAGAGGAUGAUGAUAUUGACAUAGACGAGAUCAUGGUGGAUAAAACAGAGAGGACUGGAUACGUUUCACGGUCCGCAGUUGCUCUUCGGUCUCGGGUUAUGCCGCCUCCUUGCCUCAAGAAUCCUUAUGUUAUGAAUGAGUCCGAUACAGCUACUGACCCUUUCGGAUAUCAGAGGUCUAAAUGUGCUAGUUUUCUCCCUGCAAGCAUGGGUGGGGAUGGCUUGUCAAGAUAUCUCACAGACUUUCAUGAAAUUCAGCAAAUAGGUGCUGGGAAUUUCAGUCGCGUAUUUAAAGUUUUGAAGAGGAUUGAUGGUUGCUUGUACGCCGUGAAACACAGCACAAGGAAGCUGUAUCUAGAUUCAGAGAGGUGUAAAGCUAUGAUGGAAGUUCAAGCUCUUGCUGCUCUAGGAUUCCAUGAAAAUGUAGUGGGAUACUACAACUCGUGGUUUGAAAACGAGCAGUUGUACAUUCAACUGGAACUCUGUGAUCACAGCUUGUCCAAGAAAUCUUCUCUUAGGAUCUCAGAGCGAGAGAUUUUGGUGAUUAUGCAUCAGAUAGCUAAGGCGUUACAGUUUGUGCACGAGAAAGGAAUAGCUCAUUUAGAUGUAAAACCUGACAAUAUAUACAUCAAGAACGGUGUCUGCAAGCUCGGUGACUUCGGUUGUGCAACGCGGUUGGACAAAAGCUUGCCAGUAGAGGAAGGUGAUGCACGUUACAUGCCACAAGAAGUACUAAACGAAAACUACGAGCAUCUUGAUAAAGUGGAUAUCUUCUCGUUAGGUGUCACGGUUUACGAGCUGAUUAGAGGAUCCCCACUUAGAGAAUCAAGAAACAAGUCCCUCAAUAUCAAACAAGGCAAACUUCCUCUUCUUCCCGGUCACUCGUUACAGUUACAGCAACUGCUUAAGACAAUGAUGGAUCGUGACCCAAGUCGUCGUCCUUCUGCUAGAGAAUUAGUGGAGCACCCCAUGUUCGAUAGGAUUCGAGGUUGAGAUUCAUAAACUCUCUCAGAUGUUGAUGAGUAAAACUCCAAUUUUGUAAAUUAUGAGUAAUGAAAAAGGUAGAAGGACUCAAGGACGAUAUAUUUAACAUUGUGGGCUGUUGUCGACUUGAGAAAAUAGAAUAUGAGACAACAUGAAACUGCAAGCGACAUAAGUGGGUGUUUGUGUUAUAUAUACUCUGCAAAUGUCUUUUUAGUUCUA